CGAGGGCACAUCACUGUUACCGUCUGGAAACUGCACCAAGGAAUGGACUUUAAGACCUUCCUCUUUUAUCGAAUGAAUAUGAAACAGUAGUGGUGUGUUUUUCCUUAAAGAUGAAUACACAUGUUAUCACUCCGGGGCCGUACCGAGCCACAAAACUGUGGAAUGAGGUGACUCGUUUGUUUCGGGCUGGUAUGCCCCUCAGGAAACACCGCCAAAACUUCCGACAUUAUGCCUCCUGCUUCACUGCCACCUCUGCAGUGGAUUGGCUACACCAGCUGCUCCGUAGUAACAGUAAUUUUGGCCCAGAUGUCACCAGGCAGCAAACAGUACAACUCCUGAAGAAGUUUCUAAAGAACCAUGUGAUUGAAGAUGUCAAGGGUCGCUGGGGCACAGAGGAUCUGGAGGAUAACAAUGUCCUGUACAGAUUCCCAUCUACUUCCCCUCUAAAGCCUAUUCCCUGUCCAGGCCAAAAGCCAGCCUUAGCUCCUGGUUCUGUAAAGAAGAAGAAUUCAUUCAGGGACAAGGAGAGCUUCUUCAGGUUUAGGGGCAUUAAAAAGCAUGAAAAGGAGACACAGGAAAAUGCGGAUGGUGUGCUCACAACACAGGGUGAGGAUCAGCCAACAGAGCAGAAGGCACAGAGGCGAGAUCUGACAGUGGGAGAUGAGCAUGACAUCUGGAAAGACAUCACAAUGACCCACCUGCAAAGGAUUCUGGGUGUUGCAUCUCUUGAUGAAGUUUUAGACCAACGUUAUGUAAAUCCACAAAAUAUCAUCCAUAAUAUGACCAAAGUCAACAAACAUGGAGUGGUCACACUGGAAGACAAAACCAAUGACCUCCCCCAUUGGGUUUUGUCUGCCAUGAAGAGCCUGGCUAACUGGCCAAAGUAUGACAGCGCCCAGCCGUCGUAUCCAGGAUUUGAGAGGGAUGUCUUCAGAACGGUGUCUGAUUAUUUCUACAGCCUUCCACAGCCGUUGCUCACAUAUGAACUGUAUGAGUUGUUUAUCAAUGUCCUGGUGUUUUGUGGGUAUGUCCCAGCACCCACCACACACCACCUGGGGAAGCGCAAGAAGGCAGACCUUCCCUCAAUGCCCCCUCCAGCCAAGGCAUCAUUCCGCUCCACAGAGUGUCUCCUCCUGUCGCUUCUCAGACAGGGAACAUGUGAUGAGACAGAAUCGCCGAUGACAGAAGUGCUUCAUUCCCGCUUAGCAACACUGAGAGAGAGUGGCGCUGUCUCAGGUGACGCUCAGCUGGAUGGCAGUUGCUUGAAUCUGAGUACAACUGGUUCUAUGAGGCCACGAACCAGGAGCUGCUCAUUAGAAACCAUUGUAGAUGAACCUGCCCCCUUGAACCGGAAACGGCUAUUCAUGUCCACGGACAGCCUGGCAUCCUGUAUAUCAAGUAAUAAGAGCCAGAAUGACAGCCGCGCAAUCACAACACCCAGUGAUUACUCAGACUGUUCAUCUGUGUCCAGCACAACUCCGAUUUCUUAUCAAAACCUUCCAGGUGUUAUCAGUAGAAGUAGACUUUCUGCAGGUCCCGUGACAGCGCUGAGGUCACACCCCUUGCGGCCUCGUAGUCUGGGCAGUUGUCUGGAUAUUGUUGUUGAAACCAAGGAGGAGGAAGUCAAAGAAACUAGGCUGCCAGCUCGAGCAGCCAGUUGCCUCAACGUGAACACUCCUGCAGCCCAGCUUCACGUGUCCACUUCUUCACACCCCCCCUCACUGUCCACUGGUCACCCCACCUCCUCCUCCUCCUCUUCUGCUUCUGUUGCCAAAGUACAUGAAUCCACUGCUGCUUCAGGGCCCAGUGGGCCCAGACCUGCCUCCAGUGUUUCUAAUCUGUGGACGCUCCGUGCCCCCGCUCCUGUCCGCCGCUGCCUCAGCUCUCUGGAUGUGUCCAAGCCUCUUCGACCUCUUUCACUGUUCAAACCGCCUGUGUGUGCACCUGCCAGCCACUCCCAGUCCCCCCAACCCAAACCUGAGAACAGAGUCCUGCAGCCUCAGUGUGAGCGUGUAGCCAUGGAAGCCCUGCAGCUGUGCACGCUCCUCCUGCCUCCUUCUUCCCGUAGGAAGUUGCAGCUUCUCAUGAGGAUGAUGUCACGCAUCAGCCAGAACGUGGACAUGCCCCGCCUCCACCCAGCCAUAGGCACCCGGACACUGAUGGUUCACACAUUUUCGGGCUGUGUUCUGGGCAGUGCUGAGGAGUGCGAUUUGGAUGAGCUUUUGGCUACCAGACUGGUGUCGUUUCUCAUGGACCAUCAAGAAAACAUCCUGUCUGUACCAGAAUAUCUGUUGAGUGCCAUCACAGACCAUAUAGAGUAUCUACGCACAGCACAGGUCCCAGUUGAUGGCGCCCCUAUUAUCGAUGGUGUCGAGCCACUGUGUGCUCCGAUGCCGUUGUACGCGUUCUGCCGUCAGAUUAGCGACGCAGAGUUUGAACAGCAAAAGGUGGAAUCUUCCCAACAGGCCAUGGAGGAGUUACUGGAGAUCCUGUUGACAGACCAAAACAUAAAUGAGAAGGACAGACGCAAAAAACUGAAGCAGUUUCAGAAGCAGUACCCAGACAUCUACUGUCGUCGGUUUCCUCCCUCUGACACCAACAACAAGCCAAAGAUUAAACCUCCUCUCCUCAAUAUCAAGAAGACCAAAGCUUUCAGCAUCAGGAACUGAACUGACAGUAUUAUCAUUGUAGAAGCCACAGUCUUUACGUCACACUAAUGCACUGAAACUGCACUGAUACUGUACUGUCAUUAACAUUUUCCUGUUACAUUGGAUGUUUCCAUUACGUGCUAAAUAGUAGAGUAAAUGCAUCUGGGAGGCUUCUGCAGUGGUAAAGGUGUGUGUCCAUACUGUUUAUAAUAGUGAUGUGUGUUGAUAGCUGAGUAGUAUGAAGGCAGGUGGACAGAGUUCACAUUAUUUACUAUGUGUUCGAUUAUAACACAUUUGAAGCAGGGUUUAUCUGAAUAAUGUGUUCUUUGUUGUGUCUUAGUAACAUAAUGUGUACAUUCUUUUAUGUCUGUCACUUCUUUCAUGCCUCACCAGUCUUCUGUUUCUAGUUCAUACUGAUGUUUGUGUUCAGCUUUCAGAGUGUGUUAUGGGAGAAUAAUAUGCAUUUCUGUGAUCACUGGUCCAUAUGGGAGUAUUUAGAAUCUAGAUUUAAUUUAUGUGAAUGGUGACAUUGGGAGCAUCGCUGGAUUUGCGUUUAAAUUGGUUGUCACUGUUUUUUUUACUAAACAUUUUAUUUCAUAGAAUCUCUUUAGUUCUAAUUUAUCUUUAUUCUAAAGUCUAAAACUGAAUCUAUUGUUUUCUUUGUUUCUGUUGUGUUGUUGCAUGUGUCUUGUAGCUUUUUUUUUUUUGGAAUCUUUAAAGCUUUUUUACUACUUUAAACUUGACUUGUUUAAGGAUUUCCACAGAUUUAGAUUUUUGGGAUCUCAGCUUUUCAUUUACAGCUCAUUUCUGUGUAUUGCAAAGGGAUACCAUCUCCCUUUUUUUCUAUUAUUCUCAUCCCUCUUGUUGUUCAUGGAUAGAGAUAUGUUUUGCACUCUGUGGCCAGCAAGCUUAUGUCAAUCAUCAAAAUUGUUCAUUUAAACAUUUAAUGCAUAUUAGACUCCCUAAGGAAGGGCUCAAUAGACUCAUAUGGUUCUACUCUUCAUAAGGUUGCUACAGUUAUCCUUAAAAUUUAUAAAAUGAGUUCUCAAAAUCUGCAGACUGAAAAUCUGUGAAUCUGCUAAACUGUAACCAUUGCUUCAAAUGUGAAUAUUCUCGCUAAUCUGGUUGGUUUUUGCACUAUAGUUAAUGGACAAUAUUAGCAGACUGCUAGUUGAGUGUUUUUUGGUACCCUUUCAUGUCCUUGGUUAGCUGUAGAAACCAUAUUUUGAAACUAUACUAUGUCAAAUGUGUGAAAGUUGAACAUAUGAUUUGACUCAUAGCGUCAAACUAUUUUAUUUAUCGUAUCUAUAUGAAGUACAAGUUCUUUCCUGAUAAACAUUUGUUCAUACCUCAGAUUAAGUUGUGUUAAAUAACCAUAUGUCAUCAGUGCUUUUCUGGCUUUUACCAGAGCAUACACUUUACAAUGUUUACUAUGCAAAGUUCUGGGAAAUAAACCUGUUCCGUUCUAUUU